GUUCUCGCGAGGUUACGUCAUCCCGGAAGUAGCUGGCCGCCGUGACCGAGGGGCGCCGCCGGCACCGCGAUGUGUGGGGACUGUGUGGAGAAGGAAUACCCGAAUCGGGGUAACACCUGCCUGGAGAAUGGAUCUUUUUUGCUGAACUACAUAGGCUGUGCAAUGUGUAAUAAACGGGACUUUAUGCUGAUUGCAAACAAAUCUGUGAAAGAGGAAGAUGGAGAAGAAAUAGUUACCUAUGAUCAUGUGUGUAAGAAUUGUCAUCACAUAGUAGCCAGGCAUGAAUAUACAUUCAGUGUCAUGGAUGAAUAUCAGGAAUACACCAUGCUAUGUCUUUUAUGUGGCAAAGCAGAAGAUUCUAUCAGUGUCCUCCCUGAUGACCCCCGACAGAUGGCUCCAUUGUUCUGAACAUCCUGCCGCAGUUUUACUGUAGCUAAGUCACCGUGCUGGCUUAGAAUGCUUGAAAACCUGAUAGUUUCACAUUUUGUUUUCAGUUCAAAUGGUUUACUUGCUUUUCAAAGUUCAAAACUAGCUAUGCCAAAAGAAAAAAAUAAUAUUCUAGGGAGGUGCCCUUCCCUAGAGCUAAAGCCUGUUGACAUCACUGGAGUCAGAAUGGUACUAGCAGCUGCAUGUCUCUGGGAGAAAUAAAAUGACUUAAAUUACCCCAACAAGUCUAUCUUUAGAGGAGGAAUGAAAUGUCUCUCCUUGUGUAGUGGAAUAAACACUAGCCUACAACUCAAAAGACUUGUUGUAGGCCUGUCUAGUAUGUACUAUGGGAACUCAGGUCACUUCUCUGGGCCCAAUUUUUUCAUCUGUAAAAUAGAAAUGAUACCUCUUGUUCUACCUACCUUAUAGGAUUAUGCAAAUUGUUGUGAAAUUAUGUAUGUGAUAACAGUUUGAAAACUGUCAAAGCAUUCUACAGAUCAUGGGUUUGGAAUCAAGUGUCCUGGGUCUUUAUCCAGUUCUGCUACUUUACUUGCUGUGUGAUCAUGGGCAAGUCAAUUGAUCUCUAAGCUCCUAUUUCCUCAUCUGUAAAAUGAGGUCCUUUCUAAAUCUUUGAUCAUAUGAUGCCUCGUACACUUUUUACAUAUAUGAAAGACUUGGUAAUACCAAACCAUACCUUUUAAGAUUUAGAGAUGAGGAAAAAGUCAGUUAAUUGUUGGUACCAGGGAGAAGCCUUUGCAUUGUGCAAUGAAUAGUCUGUCUUCCUUUCAGCAGUCCUCUGUAAGCAUGAAGUAAAUCUCUGGUGAGUUUGGAAGGAGGUUUCAAAUCCCAGUGACAACACUCAUGGGAAUCCUGUUACUAGAUAGUAACCAGCUGUUGUUUUAUUCUUGGAAAACAUUUGCACUUUGCUGCAUACCUCUAUCUGACCCUAGUGUUGCCACCACUUGAUAACAUUCAUCCUUGGUAGCAGAGAAAGUUCUCCAUUAAAAACCCAGCAAGGUAUUUGAAAGAAAAAAAAAAACAACUUGGUAGAUCAAAACCAGACCUAUUAAAGA